AUGGAUCUCGACGAGUUCUCAGAUGACGGUUUCGACGAUAUCCCUGACAAUGCUCUCCAAGAACUCGAAAACCAUGCCAUUCAAUUCACACAGGCUCAAGCCUCGAGAUCAGCUACGCAACAACGAGCCGUGUCCCCAGAGUUCGGUGGCUGGAUUGACGAUGAAGAUGACCUUGAUACGACCGAGGUAACAAAUGACGCUGGCAUCCCUAUAGGGAGACCCGUUAUAGACAACAAUCUGCCACGGAACGAAGCAUCUCAGGCCUAUUACCUAGAUUCGCGACGAUCGAUCCCGCCUCCAAAUCCACAAUGGAACCCAGUGGUUGACCCCUCGAAGCGACGUCCUAUAGGGCAGCCUAUUCAGCAAAACAUCAAUCCUGCGCCACCUAAUCAGCCCAUGUACACUUCUCAACAGUUCCAAACCCAGAGUUCCCAUUUCGCCCGCGCUCAGCCAAGUCAGUUUGCUCGGCCCCCUCUUCCCCAGAACCGGCAUGCCGCCCCUAGCCAAUCCCAAACACGUCCUGGCGAUAUCUUAUCGGCUCUCCAACAGCGAGUUGUAGUUCUCGAGGACCAACUUAAGGCAGCUCUGGGGGAGGCUUCCAUUGUUCGGUCCAAUUUUGUCAAAUCCAACGAGGAGCAUGCAGCAGAGGUUGCCCGCUUGAAUAAGAUCAAUGCCGAGCAGCUAGCUAAGCAAGAACGUAUCGCUGAGGCAGCUGUUGCCGCUCAGCAGAAUGCCGAUACAGAGCUGCAGUUUCUCCAGCGAGACAUGAGGGAAGUGAACGACCGUGUUCGCCGAAAAGAGCCUGCUGUAAACGCUUCUGGAGGUCUAACGACUCCCAAGAAAGCCGCCAAGACAUGGGUAGCUGACGGAUUCGAUGAUAUGGACAUUGUCCUGAGUCCAAGCAAAGGACAAGGACGAAGCAGAAAUUCUGGCUCGAUAGCGUUGCAUGUUGGCGAGAGAACGCCAAGUAAAGGCAAGAGGAAACGACCCGCCGUCGAUAGCCCUGUGAUGCCAUUGGAGACUCAUACGGACAGUUUUGCUAGUAGCAAUGGCAAACCGGAGUCUGCAGCUCAUCAAGCUCCGAUUGUCGUUGCGCCACCCCCUGCUGUACCUUUUGAGUUCUUGAAGCUCGUACUUGAUCAUGGAACGCAGCGGCCAACCUUCGACGUCCUGUCUCGCUUUUAUUUCCCUGAUGACCCGGAAACCUCCUUUUCCGCGAUCGUGUUCCAAAAAAUACCCCUGAUGGGAGAUCCAAAUCGACCAAUGCAGCUGCUUGUGGAUUUUGCGAACCUGAUGAGUGGUAUCUGGACCCGAUGCCAAGCGGAUCAAUUAUGGGAGCCUAUUAAGUAUGUCCUUUCUUUGAUAUCCUUCACAUUCUCGCUCCAUGCGUCUGAAGUUGCACCUUUCGUAAUCCCCAACUUAGCAGCGCCAGCGCAAGCAACAAUGUGCACUCUUGCUGAAUGGCAAAAUCGCGUUCCUGAAGGCGACGAGCAGCUGAAAAAUGCUGAGUUCCAGUCCAUGAAGCGGCACAUCAAUAUUGUGGAUAUUCUCUCGGUCUUCUAUACGUGCUCGCUCGCUUGCUCUACCGCACUUGGCGUGACCGGGGAUGAAGUCAAGUCCCAGGCAACGAUGUUUUGGAGCUGCAUCUCCCCUGAUCUGGUUUACAAGCUUCUGAGUCCCAAACAAGAACUUCCUGAUAUCUUGGCUAUGCUCGAGCUAUUGACUACAUGCUCACUCCCGGAUUCACUUGGCCCCAUUACAGAGCAGAGUGAUGGUCUCGUUGCCAGCCAUGUUAUCAAUCACGUUUCAAACAAACUUACAGACUACCAUGCUUCUGUGAAGACUCGCAAGCAGAAGGCAACUUUAUACUUGGCUUCCUUGCGGACCCUGAUGGCAUUCUCUCGCUAUCCUUUUGGUGCGGCAGAGCUUGCAUCUCAUAAUCUUGCACUUCCUCGUCUCGUGGCCUGCCUCAGCGCGUCUAUAGACGAGUUGUAUGACCUGCCGAUUCCUCCAAACGUUUUACCGCCAGAUUCUGAGACGCAAGACGUGCAUUUAGGAUCGGAGGCGGCUUCGUACUCGGUGAGCCUGUACCAGAUCAUUUCUAACUGCGUUUUCUUGAUUCAUUCUUUGGUAACCGGCCCUGAUACUGCCAAUAUUGCAGAAAUUGGCCAGAAGCUGUCUCUAGCGCACGGUGGAAGUCAGAGGUAUCUUAUUGCCCUGGGAAGGCUCACAUUCGCAGAAGAAGAUCUUGUGAUGGAAGCUGGGAUUGAUGGAGAGACUGUUGAAGCAGCACACGAAUUGCUUGAGCUGGCUGUGACGCCAGAUGAAGGCGAGAUCGUGAGUGGAGCAUUUGGAGAAUAG